AUGGACGCUCCAUCAACACCCGCAACCGCCGACUUCUCCUCGACGCCCCCGAAACGCACCAAGAUCGUCCUUCUUGGCGACCAGAGCGUCGGGAAGACCAGUCUCAUCACCAGAUUCAUGUACGAUACGUUUGACAACACCUACCAGGCCACCAUCGGUAUUGACUUCCUGAGCAAGACUAUGUACCUGGAGGACCGGACGGUGCGGUUACAAUUGUGGGACACUGCCGGACAGGAGCGCUUCCGUUCACUAAUACCAUCGUACAUCCGAGAUUCGUCCGUAGCUAUAGUCGUGUAUGAUAUCACUAAUCGACAAUCCUUCCUUUCAACGUCAAAAUGGAUAGACGACGUUCGGUCAGAACGGGGGAACGAUGUCAUUAUUGUACUCGUCGGCAACAAGGCCGAUCUGUCGGAGAAACGCCAAGUCACUGUAGAAGAGGCAACUGCAAAAUCCACACAAAUGAACAUCAUGUUCAUGGAAACGUCAGCGAAAGCUGGACACAAUGUAAAGAGCUUGUUCAAGAAGAUUGCUCUAUCAUUACCUGGGAUGGAGAAAGAAGGCCAAGCAGAUGCUCAGAAUACAAAAAUCGAUGUUACGACACAGCAGGCUGCCGCCGUACCAGAGGCAUCACAGUGCAAUUGCUGA